UUCCGCGGCAGAGGCGGUCACCACGCGGCAGAUUACACAGAUUACAACCGAUUACAUUUGUACUCCAUCGCCGACAGUCGUUUCUUUUCUUGAGACGACUACCGCUCUCCCACCUUGUGUCCUCACCGUCGCGCGACCCGAGCUGGAGUACGCGCUCGACCGUCUUGGUGAACCGUCUAGGUCGCGAGAGGCCGCGUUGUCGGUACACGAAGAAACCGAGUGCUUCGGCCGAAAUCCCAGGAGCGUUGGAGGAGACCACGUAUCGACGUCCCCACGUUCAAUGAGACGCGUGAAUGAACGCGUUGAUGGCAGCAACGGACUUUGUUAACGUUGGAAAUCAACGCUCGACCUUUUCGAGCUCUAUGCUCCGGAAGAUCCCGCACGUCGGUACACAAGCAUCGACGUUUGUAAUCUAACGGUGGAACAGAGGAAACAUCGAAGUGUGUAUCAUGUCAUGAAGAAGGAUUUCAGUUAGAAACGAGAGAAACGCAAUGCCGAAGAGUAUUUCAGAAUAUUAGACACCUGAUACUCAGAUUAUAAUAAUUGUUUACAAUUAUCCGAAACGUGAUCAUCGUAUCAUGACAGCGGAAGCUGUCAACGUAAAGUUCACCCGCGUUACGUCGUCUCUCGCAAAGAGAGUAUUUUACAGCGUAGAUUCCAUUCUGCGCACUUCGUUCAAAUGUUUUUAUACGGAUCCAUUAAGCGCUGUCUGAAAGAAAGGACUAUAAAGUAUCGCGAAAAGAGGAUUGCCGUAUGAGAAUAUCAGCUGAGGAUCGGCAAGAAUGCAAAAAGUAUAAAAGUUAAGAGGUGAGAGGAGUUGGGUCAUCAUGUUGAUACCUUAAGAACACUCUUCUGACUCUAAUGGGGGAAUCCGCUCGUGUCGGCUGGGUCAUUCCGCGGCGAUGCGGCGGAUUCCAAGAAUAACGGAACGCGAAACUUAUUAAGGCGGUGGGCUGCGCCUUGAAGAGUCUCUUCGACGUUAGCGGGUUUCGUCCAGGAAUUGCAAUGUGACUGAUCGUCACUGGAAAGUGCCCUCCGGCUCGAUCGCGUCAAUAUAUCACGUCCAUCGUUCUUUAACGGACGUCCGUGAAAAGCUAAUGCAACGACUAUCAGCUGACACUUUAAGGUGCGACGUUACUCAUUCGGAGUUUUAUUAGGAAACUCACAGUGUAAUGGACAUUGGACACACGAUCCAGCAUGGAACUGAGAAAGCGAUCGAACGAUCUUCUUAUUCGCAUCUUUGGAUGACUGUUUGUGUGGUUUGAUAAAUUGGUAAGAAUCGCCGAUCAUAUUUCGAAACUUGUAAGGCACAAGAAUCAGAAAGACCGACGACGCGUUAGGAAUCGGCAUGAGCAACGGCGAAGGCGUGGUGACGGGCCCAGGUUCCGGCAGCGAUCGCUUGUGCGAGGACGUCGACAUGGCUACCCCGACGUCCGCGUCUUCGAACUUGAAGCCGCGAAGCGGCAAGAUCAGCUUCAGCGUCGACAGCCUGCUGAGCGGCACGAAGAAGAGUGCCAUCGGCGGCGGCACCUUCGCGGCUAGGCGAGACAACGACGACAGGAUGGACGCCGAAAAGAAUAUUGAGAUGGAGGCGAGGUAUCGAGAACUUUUAAUAGAGCAGCAGAGACUUCAGAGCAGGGAACUACUCGCCAGAUUGAGUCCUCACGGUCUGACUAGCUUCGGCAAUCAUCACCACCAUCAUCACUCGAACAGACUCGAGCAAGAUCAUCCGCCUGCGCGGCAGGAGAUGCUCACGGUGAAAGAUUUCUCUAGGACGAGUCACGAUAAGUCGUCCUCGCCUAUCAGGAUAGACCAAGAGAUGUCGAAGGACCGACUGACGACCAAUUCGCCGAGCGGGAUCGGUGAGACGAUGCUCCAACGAGAACAGGAGCGUAUUCAGGAGGAGGACGAAAGGAUCGACAGGAUCACCAAUCCUAGAUCCGUGUCGCCCGCAAGCAGACGAGAGAUCCUCGAUGAUCGUAGUGAUUCCGAGGCGAAUCGCUCGCUGGAGGGAGACCGUACGACGGAUCAUCUGGAUCUCGAGGACCAUGAGAUAAGAAGCGUCGGUCACUCCGAGGAUUUAAACGUAAUGGAUUCGGAUUGCGAGUUGGAGAGGGACCUGGAGACUAGCCAGGAGAAGGAGGAGAAGUCCAGCCCGGUAGUGCCUCAGCCAAUUCAUCCCGGAGUGCAAAGGCCCUCACAGGGCCCGCCGUAUCUCGCCGGAGCACCCGGCGCUCCCGGCUGGAACCCCGCGGGAUUUCCGCAUUCUCUGGCGGGGUUCGCGUGGCUACCCCCACCCCCGCAUCCACACAAUCCUCAUGGACAUCUUUACACGCCGCACGGCGGACCCACCAGCCCGAACGGGGACUUAAGAUUGCCGGGACCCGGACCGGGCCCAGUUAGAUGCACCCUCAGGAAGCACAAGCCGAACCGGAAGCCGAGAACGCCGUUCACGACGCAGCAGCUGUUGUCGCUCGAGAAAAAGUUUCGCGAAAAGCAGUACCUAACGAUAGCCGAAAGGGCAGAAUUCUCGUCGUCUCUUCAUCUUACGGAAACGCAGGUGAAGAUCUGGUUUCAAAAUCGAAGAGCCAAGGCGAAGCGGCUUCAGGAGGCGGAAAUAGAGAAACUAAGACUAUCCGCGAGGCCCUUGUUGCACCCCAGUUUCGGAUCGGGGCUAAUGUUCUCUGGGGUAGGCCCGCCUGGUACCCCGGGAGUGCCUCCCUUCAUUGCAGCUGCCAUGGCUAGGCACUCCCAUGCUGCGGCGGCGGCGGCCAUGUUCAUGGGGCCGCCUGGGCACCGACCUUAAUAAUGAUAUAUGCCAAGAUAUAAUAUGCGUGUAAUUCGAAGUCAUUCUUGAUGUCAUCGUCCGAAGACUCAGCCUCCUCGCGAACUAGGAAUCUGAUGACACAGGAUCUAUAAAUUGGCAAGGAUUCGUUGAUACGAAAACCUGCAUAUUUAUCCCAGAAUCCGAGAGAGAAUCCAAACUCGAGCAAGAAACUUAACAAACUGAAGAAGUAUUGUGGAAAACUAUCUGAAAAUUAGAAACUGAAGAAAAUGAGCAUUUAUGUAGUUAGUGAUUGAAAAGCCUAAGAACUCGAAGAUCUAACAGCUAAAGAGGUCAAACGUUUUUAAAUUGGAAGUUCAAGAGAGGUGAAAUUGUCUCGAAAGUUCUAAACUGCUGUUACUUAUUAAUGUCCACCUUCCGCUCGGGUUUAAUUAUCCAAUCUUCUACCAGUACCGAGGAUAUUGGGAUCCACCACUUAGCGUUGGAAGUCGAAAUUGGCUAGGAGUGGCUACGUAGUGGCGACAUUCGCUCGUAAUCCGGACUUGUCUCCAGGAGGAUAUGGAUAAUCUGAAUUUCAACACGUGAAAUCCGAAGCUAUAAGUUUGGGAAACCUGUAGCUCGAAGAAGCAUCGUUGCGUAAUUUUCUCGGGACGAUGGAAUACGUAUACAUCGGCGCCUCCAGGGGCGUGCGAAGCUUUGAUCUCAAGAGAAAGCACGAGUGUACAUAGUGUAAAUAGAUACGCGUUCGUACGACAACUAUGGGUGUACGUAUGUAUAUACACACGUGUACAGGACGCUUCGAUUACCCUUAAGAAGAGGAAUCGCGAGGAACGGGCGUUCGAGAGUUAGUUUUAACGAUUUGGACUGCGCUGGACCUAGCAAACGUUCGUUCACGGGUGUGUUUUUAAUGAGGACCGUUCGAGAGAAAGAGAGAGAGAGAGAGAGUGUGUGUGUGCAGCGACGUGAAAUGUGCAAGGUACGUUUAAACAAUUCCGAGUCUGAGAGCAUUAAGUGAGAAAGGGUCAACGUUGAAGCCAAAUGUAGUAGUCGUUUCCCUGAAGUAAUUCUUCAUAUUUAGAAGAAAAUGAAUCUGUUCGUUUGCAUCAGAAAUUUAUUCUUUUUAACCUCAGUCGCGAAAUUUUUAGCUACAUUUUCAAAAGUUGUGUCAAAGAUAUCGAUGACGUUUCCGACAGCUGCUGCAAAUCAUUGAUUCUUCUUCGGCAAGUACGCACAGUUUGUAGUUCACCUAAUCUCAAUAUCUUUCAGACUUAUACUGACUUUUUUUCUAUACAAGAAAGUGUGUGUAAAUUAUGUAUCAGCUUGUGUCGAUUGUGAGAAGAGGGAGGCGGAAUCGCUCAUAGACAGUAAAAAGCUAAUGUUACGAAUGUGACAUGGUUCUAGACGUACCUAUGCGCCUUGUAUAAAUGUAAGAUGAUAAUUUAUCCAUGGAAGUACAUUAUAUAUAGCGAAAUAAAAGAUUUCAGUAUUUA